UUGUCGAUACUGCUUGAAAUAAACAAAUUUUCUUGAGUUCAAAAAUUACUGUGAACUGUUUCAUUGAUAAUUUGUGAUCCUUUAAAAUGAUAUUAACUACAACUAAAUUGAAGAUAAUGCGAGGAGUGCUGACAAAAGCUAUGAUGUUAAUUUUCUUAUUAUAUUCAUCUCUUUUAUGCGACACUGAAGCUUUACCACAAAACAAAAGUUUCCAUCACAUCCGAAGGCCGAAUAUUGAAGAUUCUUCUUUUAACAAUCAAAAAGUAGCCACUUAUCGGUCUUUCCAGCCGAUAGCAAUUAAAUAUCAUAAGGUGUAUCCAAGAGUGGAAGACCGAACAGAUUAUGAUAUUAAUGCAUAUGAUUCGGAGUACGGCGGUGUAGUCGUUUCUAACUUUACGUCUUCCAUAUAUGAAGAUAAUCCUCCUUUGUAUCCAAACCCUGAAGUGCUGGCUAGAAGUAAUCCAGUUAUAAAAUAUAUUAAGGAUUCGGCUAUGUUUUUUAUUUUAGCACAAUUAAGUAAAUUUAUUGAAAAUAAAAUAUCGGAACCGGACGUUGAAUUACCAGAAGACUCUUUAGGUGAUGGAGAUUUAAGGGAGCACAAUAUCAUAGACAGUGUUACGUAUUUGUACGGAUUUAAUUCAUGUCAUGGUGGCAGAGAUGAAUGGAUAGUAUUGAUCUUCAUCACUAGUGGCCUAGCAAUAAUAAUACCCGUAGCAGCGACAAUGUGGUUGAUGUGGAGUCAAUACACUUCUGAAUUCAGGCGGAACAGCAAGAUAUACCCGAUUGUCAUAAAUUUAUGCUGUUGUCUCGUAGCUUGUACAUUGAUUUAUAUACAAGCUGUUGUGGGUGCGUCUUCUCCAACGCAAUGCGAAAAGAUCGCUUUAGUUUUGCACUAUACACAUAUUUCCUGUGCGAUGUGGAUAGUUGCUUUAGCGGCGGCUGUUGCAGAAUAUUGCGUCUGCGAUACGCUAUUGCCGUUAAAAUAUAACUAUUUGUUGGCUUAUGGCGUACCUGCUAUAGUAGUAACGUUCAAUUAUGCACUAUCCAUGGAACACUAUGAAAUAAAACAUUAUUGCUGGAUGUCUAUCGAAAAAGGAAUGGUGAUGGGAUUCAUGAUACCAGCCAUGAUUUUAAUUUUAAUAAACACGGCAAUUGUUAUUGUCGGCUUGCAAAGUGUCAAUAAAAAGCAGACGGAAAUGUUGACGGCGAAAAUUCAUGAAUUGGUUGAACAUCAUAUGACAAACUGGCCGAAAACUAUGAGAGUCGAGGAAAAUACAAAUGGAAGUGUUGAAACACUGGACAAUCUUUACACACCUGACAGUAGCAGAAAGAAUACCGACACCUCCGAUACGUUGGAAAAAGAAUUUACAUUUAACGAAGAAGAAUGUAAUUACGUUAUCAUCGAGGGGUCAAAUAACGACGUUAACGGAGAAUGCGGAAAGGAGGUAAACGAACAUUUCAAACAAAUGUCAGACAGGGGCUUAUUAAACAUUAUCUAUAUGGAUAAUUUGUCAUGGAAAUGGACCUGGAACACAGAGGGAAAUGAAUUGAAGACAUAUCUAAAUUUAUGCUUGGUUUUGGAGCCUUUUUUCGCGAUUAAUUGGGUGAUGGGCGUGGUUGCGAUCGAAAAUGCAGCUCAUUGGUCUACUCCUACCAUUUAUCUCAUACUGGUCGUUUCCAUGCACAUUUAUUUCGCUGCUACGAUUUGCACGACGAUACCGAUCGUUCCGAACAAGGCUACGGUGUGUUGCGAUGACGUUGUCGCCGAAAAUCCAACUCUGCCUCGGAUUAGGACCACUGACAGCAUCCCUCUACUCGAUCCCGUGAUUCAGCAACCAAAUGUGACGGUGGCACCGGCGGAUACUAUCAGCACGAUCAGUAUUUAAGAGAACAAUGAAUAAUCUGGAAUUUUCUAUUGAUGUUUGAAAUCAUCAUGGGGCCAAAAUGGCCGACUUGAUAUAAUAAUAAAUUUGGUUUACAUUUCAAAGUAUAAUAUGUAUAAGUGUACACAGGCACAAGGGAUAUGUAUGAGAACUAAUGCCCAGCAGUGGGCAGAGUAUUGACCAUGUCUGUUAAUGGUCUAAGCUAUAUCUUUGUCUUCGGACAAUUUAGACUACUUACCAUUAAGUGGUCAAUAUUUUCGUCGGCUCUCGAGCUAUCAAUAUCAAAAAGUUAUUUACGACUAAAUUAUGCAUAUUAGUGUAUUAAAUGAUAACGUUUUGGAAUUGAUGAUGUGUUAAUAGUUAUUAUAAUGAAGUAAGAAAGAUCUUUGAAUAAUACUCUAAUUGGGCUGUAUAAGAGCCUAUUUAAAUAAUUGGCGCCCGACGUGGGACAUUUCGAAAUUCAGUUGGUUAAAACCAAAACUGAUAUUUGUAAAAUACUCGAAAUUUUUGAAACUAUUUUUACAAAAAUCUGACAGUAUUUUAAAUUAUUUUAACAAAAAUGAAAAUAACAACUUAUUGUUAUCUCGACGUUAACGGAUCGAUUUCCGAAAAACGUCAUGUUGUUGUAACUUUAAAAAACCUUAGCCGCAAUGUCUAAGCUCAAAUAAAUAGAAGUAGAAAAGUUUGUCUGAUAAAAUAACACCAUAUCAAAAUGCACACUAAAAUAAGAAAGAUAAAAGUAUUAUAAUACAAAAUAUGAUUGUUUUAUUAUUUUAGAUGAUGGAAACAUCGGGUUUGAAUGUAUUUUAACAUGGCAAUAAAGAUUUUGGCAUAAUUUUAAUUAAAUUUUGACAUAUUUACAUACUAAAUGUUUCUGAACUAUAAGUAGAAUAUAUUUAACCUUUAAAAGUUUCUCCAUGUUCAGAUUUUAAAAAUAUUCAUAGCUAUAGAGAGUUUAAGAUUACAAAGUUUUAUAUAUAUUAACGCAUGCGUAACUUGAUCGGAUGAAUAGAUGCUUUGAUGUUCAUAAAUUUUCUUUAGAUAUCGAUAAAAAACGUAGAGCAUAAUAAUUAGUAUGACGUAAUAUUUUACUAUUAACCGUUUUGUUUUCAACAAUGUCUAGUAUCAAUUUGAAUACUCCUGAAACAACAAUCAGAACACCAUAGGAAAAAAUAGUACUUACAAUCGCUAACGGAAAAACUAAUAAAAUGUUCUCGUUCAAUAUUUUUAAAACUCUUCCAUUCCUUCAUGGUUUCGACUUCUGUCUCGUAAAACGGGACAAGCAAUUUUAUUACUAUUGGCUACUGAUCUUAAUAUUGGACUCUGACAUUUAGGUAGGAUCUCAGAUUAUAAAACAAAAGUUAAAUGGAGCGCAGGGAACGUUAAAAUGGAGCAACGAAAUGAAUUCAAAUUAUGAAGGCUUUGUUGUGUUUAGGAAUUAACAAUUUCGUAUAUGUUAAUAAGUCAAUAUUUCGUCUUAACAAAAAGACGCGUCAUUUCGUACUACCGAGAAUUUGUAUUUGCUUUUGUUGCUUCACAUUAACGUUAUGUUUGCUUAGUUUACCUUUAGCUUUAUAAUUCAAAAACAUGGAUGGAAAAAAAAACACUUUUUGAAAAUAACGUAGUACAUUUUUUUAAAACAAUAUUUCUGCAAUGUAGUGUAAUAAAGGCCUGACAAUACCGAGAAUUAAUUUCCUAUAAUGUAUUUAUUAAUUCUUUUCACAAUUAACUGAGUUGGUCUAUGAAAUAAAAUGUAAAAAACUGAGGGAUCGUUGAUGAAGUUGUUACUUUUGUAGUCUAACAAAUUUACCGAUUUUUAACGAACUCACCAAAUCGAUGUUAAUACUAACUCCUAAAUAAAAUGUUCUUUUAUAGAAUUAAGUUACUAUUUGUAUUUUCAAAUGCACAAUUGUUAUUUAUCUGUCUGCAACCUGCCCUCAGAUCUCAUGUGGUAUUCAAUAAAAAGUAAAAAC